GUCACCGUCACCCGGCCGGGCUCCGCAGCAGGAAGGAGUUGCUCAGCCACGGUGGUGGCCGAAUCCAGCCCAUGAUGGAUCUGUCCCACCGGUUCUCCAAGAGAGAGCUGGCCCUGCUCUACGAGGAGGUCCUCUACACCAUCCUACACCGCCUGGGCAAGCCCGAGCCCCACCACGUUGCUGAUGCCCAGGAGCUCUACACCUACGUGCAAAAGGCUUUCGGCAUGGAUGAGGAGGAACACAACAUCAUCAUGCAGCAGGUCAAAGAACUGGAGAGCCCAAUUUUCUGCCUGAAAGCAACUGUGAAGGAAGCCAAGGGGAUUUUGGGUAAAGACGUCAGUGGGUUCAGUGACCCCUACUGCCUGCUGGGCAUCUGUGAGAAACCGGAGAGGAACCCUCCCAGAGCAGUCGGACCAGGAUCUCACAGCAUCGAGGCCAAGAGCCACGAACUGGCCCACCAUGACCACAAGAAGCGGAUGAAGGCUGUGGUCAAAGACCUCAUCCCCGAAGACCAGAUCCAUCGCACACAAGUCAUAAGCCAGACCCUCAACCCAGCGUGGGACGAGACAUUUAUCCUGGAGUUUGAAGACACGGAGACGGCCAGCUUCCACCUGGACAUGUGGGACUCGGACGUGGUGGAGUCAGUGCGGCACAAGCUGGGGGAGCUGACGGACCUCCACGGCCUCAAACGGAUCUUCAAAGAUGCUCGUAAGGACAAAGGGCAGGACGAUUUCCUGGGGAAUGUGGUCCUUCACCUGAAGGACCUGCACUGCUGGGAUGACCAGUGGUACCAGCUGGAGCCACGGACAGAGACGUACCCCAACCGGGGACAGUGUCACCUGCAGUUCCUGCUGACUCACAAGAAGAGGGCCACCACGAGCAGCCGGACACAGCCGAGCUACACCGUCCAUCGCCACCUCCUGCAGCAGCUGGUGUCCUACGAGAUCCUUCAGCACCAGGCAGGCAGCAUCUCCUGGGACGGUGAGCUGAGCAGGCACGCCAGCACCGUGCUCUACCUGCACGCCACGCAGAAGGACCUCUCCGACUUCCACCAGGUCAUGGCGCAGUGGCUGGCGUACAGCAAGCUCUACCAGAGCCUGGAGUUCAACAGCAACUGCCUGCUCCACCAGAUCACCAGCAUCGAGUACCAGUGGGUGCAGGAGCGCCUGAAGCCAGAGCAGAAAGCAGAGCUGGCUGAGUCCUUCCAGUCCUUGCUGACUUACGGGGUCUCCCUCAUCCGGAGGUACCGCAUCAUUUUCCCUCUCUCUGUCCCGAGGUCCACGGAGAGGCUCCAGUCCCUGCUCCGAGUCCUGGUCCAGAUGUGCAAAAUGAAAGCUUUCCACGAGCUGUGCACGCUCAGCCCUGACCUCCCCCAGAUGGUCUCCACAGCACUGAAGUCAGGCACGACGGAGUGGUUUCACAUGAAAAAGCAGCACCUCAAGCCCAUGGUGAAGGUCAGUUCCCAUCUCUGCCUCUCUGACAUGUUAAGAAACAACUUGCUGGGCUAG